AUGGCGGGAGGACAGCUCAACGUGCUGGCCACACUCGACCAGGCCAAGACACAAUGGUACCAUUUCAUGGCGAUCGUCAUCGCCGGCAUGGGGUUCUUCACCGACGCCUACGACUUGUUCUGCAUCGCGCUCGUGACCAGGCUCCUCGGCCGCAUCUACUACUCCGACCCCACCUCCAAGGACCCCGGCAGCCUCCCGCCCAACGUGUCGGCCGCCGUGACGGGCGUCGCGCUCUGCGGCACUCUCGCCGGACAGCUCUUCUUCGGCUGGCUCGGCGACAAGCUCGGCCGCAAGAGCGUCUACGGUUUCACCCUCAUCCUCAUGGUGCUCUGCUCCGUCGCGUCGGGCCUCUCGUUCGGACACACGCCCAAGGGCGUCAUCGCCACGCUCUGCUUCUUCCGCUUCUGGCUCGGCUUCGGCAUCGGAGGCGACUACCCACUGAGCGCCACCAUCAUGUCCGAGUACGCCAACAAGAAGACCCGCGGCGCCUUCAUCGCCGCCGUGUUCGCCAUGCAGGGCUUCGGCAUCCUCUUCGGCACCAUCGUCGCGCUCGUCGUCUCGGCGGCGUUCCGGAACGCGUUCCCGGCCCCGCCGUACUUCGUCGACGCCCAAGCGUCGCUCGUCCCGGAGGCCGACUAUGUCUGGCGCGUCAUCCUCAUGUUCGGCACCAUCCCGGCCGCGCUCACCUACUACUGGCGCAUGAAGAUGCCCGAGACGGCGCGGUACACGGCGCUCAUCGCCCGGAACACGAAGCAGGCCACGGCCGACAUGGCCAAGGUGCUCAAGAAGGAGAUCGAGGAGGAGGAGCAGGCGGAGCGGCAAGUGGUCGGCGCCAACACCUGGGGCCUCUUCUCGGCGCAGUUCCUCCGGCGCCACGGCCUCCACCUCUUGGCCACCACCAGCACGUGGUUCCUGCUGGACAUCGCCUUCUACAGCCAGAACCUGUUCCAGAAGGACAUCUUCACCAAGGUCGGGUGGAUCCCGCCGGCGAGGACCAUGAACGCCAUCGAGGAGGUGUACCGCAUCUCGCGCGCCCAGGCGCUGAUCGCGCUCUGUGGCACCAUCCCGGGCUACUGGUUCACCGUCGGCCUCAUCGACGUCGUGGGCAGGUUCUGGAUCCAGAUCAUGGGCUUCUUCAUGAUGACCGUGUUCAUGCUCGCGCUCGGGGUGCCGUACGAGCACUGGACCAAGGCGUCCAACCACACCGGCUUCGUCGUGCUAUACGGGCUCACCUUCUUCUUCGCAAACUUCGGGCCCAACAGCACCACCUUCAUCGUGCCGGCCGAGAUCUUCCCGGCGAGGCUCCGGUCCACGUGUCACGGCAUAUCGGCGGCGGCAGGCAAGGCCGGCGCCAUCAUCGGCGCGUUCGGGUUCCUGUACGCGGCGCAGGACCCUAAGAAGCCCGACAAGGGGUACUCGCCGGGCAUCGGCAUCCGCAACGCGCUCUUCGUGCUCGCCGGAACCAACUUUCUUGGCAUGCUCAUGUCUCUGUUCGUGCCGGAGUCCAAGGGCAAGUCGCUUGAGGAGAUCUCCAAGGAGAACGUGGACGAGGAAGCUGAGGCCAAAGUGUAG